UCAUAUUUGAGGCUUCGUGAGCGUUUCAGCCCGGAUCGGCGGAGUUCAAUUUUUUUCCGACCAACAGGCCACCGCCUCUCACGCAAGCUCCAGCUAGUUUCAGAACUUUUCCUUUCCGUGAACAAAGCGUAUCACUGCUGCCUCCCAACAUCGCUGUAACCCUGAAGCAAAAGUUCCAACCUUUUGCAAGGUUCGGUCUCAGAGCAAAUUGCAGGAGCGGAACGAUUCCAUAACUUUCUUUUUGGGCUUUUUCUUCUCUUUGAUGGAUGCCUUAUCGCUGAACGCGAGAAGGUCGGCCAUCCUCUGGCUCGCCGGCUUCAGGGAAGCCUGCUCCCUCCACCGAGUCUUCGUCUUCUGCUUCAGUUCGAAGGCGCUCGCAAUCCGAACCGGGCAGUGCUUCCUGUUGAACGGCCUUAUCUUCCUAGGAAGUUUAUUUAUGUUCAAUUCCGUGGUCAUGCCAACUUUGUUAUGGAUAUUGCCAAGUGAGUGUGGGCAGUUUGUUUCAGAACACGUAUGUCAGAGUAGAACAGCCUUGGCACUCUAUUCCUUCACACGUCGUGUGCUUGUUGAGCUGUUCUAUGUUUUUUGGUUCUAUCCACUUUAUGCGUUCAGCAUUAUUCUGAGCACCAUGUGGUAUAACGACAUUGCUAGGUAUGCUUUUGAGGUUCUCAAAAGAAAAGGGAUGCAUCUGGCAAAAGCUUCAGGAGAAAGAGCUUCACAAGACAAUCAAAAUGGCAUGCAUUCAAGCAGACCUGGUGGGCUUGAGGGGGUUGUGGUUGGAAUUGGUGAACAAUUAUAUUCACUUCUUUUAUUAACCUUCUUCUUCAUAGAGGUUGUUGCAGCUCUAUUUAUACCUUACAUUGGCACAGCAAUCAGUUUUCUGCUCAAUGCCUGGAUGUAUGCAUAUUACUGUUUCGAGUAUAAAUGGAAUCUUUCCGAACUCAGUUUAGACAAAAGGCUGGAGUUCUUUGAAUCAAACUGGGCCUUCUUUGCAGGAUUUGGAAGUCCUUGCGUGCUAGCAAUAUUUUUUUUCUCUCGACUUGUGAGCUAUGGUGUUAUGGCUAUACUUUUUCCUUUGUUUGUAUUGACAGCAGCAGGUAGCCUGGCAGAGCAAGUUAUUGAUUCCAUCAGAGGAGAGUGGAAUGGAGGAGGACCUGGAAAAGUUCCAAUAUUUUAUGCCGCAGACACGCUAUCGUAA